AUGGAGAAAGGUCCAUUUUACGUGUCUUCAUUCUACAUCAAAUCGAACGGGCCUGAAGGUGGUGUUAAUUUACCGCACACAAAACGCGCGAUUCCCGAUAAUUCUAACGCCACGGUGAAGCUUAAAAGACUAACCAUGGAGAUACCGCAACCAAAUGAAAUCUCUACCAUGAGAAUAAAGAAGAAAACAAGAAAGCCUCCCAACUACUUGCGUCACAGCGAUCGGUGCUGCAUUAUCACGCGCAUUGCGGGAGGAGAACAACAAGCAGCUCUAGCGCGAGAAUUUGGUGUCACGAGAGCAGCAGUUUGCCAGAUUUACAAAAAUCGAGACGAGAUUCUCGCACGGGGGGAUGACAUGGAACCACAAGUUGCUCUUGUUCAAGACCCUAAAGUUUUGCAAACCGAUGUUAGUUUAAGGACCGAGAACGCGUUACCGUUUGACAAGCUGAAAAGUAUGGCUGCACCUCAUCUACGAAAUUUGGAAUUUCGUUCAAAAAGAGUCAUGCUACUCUUAGCGGUACUGCGAGAUGUGAGAACUAGUCCGGUCGCUUUUCAACGUGCAGCAGCUCGGCUUACGUUCAUCUUAGUGGAAGAAGCUCUUGCGACGUAUGAUUAUGACGAGAUCGGCCACGUUGUCAACACACAGCGAGGCUAUGCUGGUGCCACUUAUUGCGCCGUCACUUUGGGUAGUACAAGUGUGUCAUUCUUGACGGCUUUUGGCCAGAUCGACCCGAAUCUUUCAACCGGUCAGAUUCACGUGAAAGCAGUGAACGAGGAUGGAUUCAUGAACUGGCAGCUUCAGUAUCUAGAUGUACCUGACAAUAUCUCUAGCUUCGAGGUGUUGCUGUUCUCGACGUCCGCAAACGGCGGGGCUGAAUGCAAGGCUAUUGAGGCGCUACGAAGAGUUGGUGUAUCGGAAAACAGCAUUUCGUUGAUCAUGGUCGUCUGCUCUUCGCAUGGUUAUGAAGGAAUCUCGAGUCGAUAUCCGCGAGUCACGCUUAUAUCCGCCGCCAUUGACGACAAAUGGACACUACAUCAGGCUGUCUGCUCCCAGGAUGUGGUGCCAGCCUCAUAUGCAUUUGUCACCAAUGAUCAAAAUGAUUGCUAA